CACGCAGCCCGAGAGCGCGCGACUGACUGAGUUACGAUACAGAGCGUCAGUUUAAAAAAACAACAAAACUGUUUACACGCGAUACUGCUGUUUGUACUGUGUUUCAUCUAUCGGUUUACGGGAAGAGCUGCUGCCCGGACUCACCGCGUCCGAAUUGCUGCGUUUUAUUUAUUUAUUUUAUUCUUUUAAUUGACUUGAAAUCCGACUUUAUUUAUCAGAUAUUUAUAUUUACGAUAUGGAGAGGCUGCACGAGCUGCGCGACGACAGGAACGUGCUGUGUUUGUUUGAUGUGGACGGAACCCUGACUGCACCGAGAGAGAAGAUCGAACCUCAGCUUGAUGAAUUUUUUCAGUCGCUGCGAGCUAAAGUGAAGAUUGGAGUAGUGGGCGGGUCUGACUACUCUAAAAUCGCAGAGCAGCUCGGAGACGGAGACGAAGUUAUACAGAAGUUUGACUACGUGUUUGCUGAAAACGGGACGGUGCAGUACAAAGAUGGUCAACUGCUGUCCAAGCAGGCGAUUCAGAACCAGCUGGGUGAAGAACUGCUGCAGGAUCUGAUUAACUUCUGUCUCAGAUACAUGGGUCUGAUCAAACUCCCUAAGAAACGAGGCACCUUCAUCGAGUUUCGCAACGGCAUGCUAAACAUCUCGCCGAUCGGGCGAAGCUGCACGCUGGAGGAGCGAAUCGAAUUCGCGGAAAUCGAUAAGAAAGAGAAGAUCAGGGAGAAGUUUGUUGCCGCUCUGCAGAAGGAGUUUGCAGGAAAAGGGCUCAGGUUCACUCGAGGGGGAUUGAUCAGUUUCGACAUAUUCCCCGAGGGCUGGGAUAAACGCCUGUGUCUGGAUUUCCUGGAGCAAGAGGGACUCGACACCAUCUACUUCUUUGGGAACGAAACAUCGCUGGGUGGUAACGAUCACGAGAUCUUCGAGGAUCCUCGGACCAUCGGCUUCACCGUAUACUCGCCCGAAGACACGGCGCGGCUCUGCCAGGAACUGUUCUUCGACACUCCGCCCAACGAAGCCUGAUACACACUCACACGUACACACACGUACACACACACACAGACACACACACAGACACACAGUCUCAUGGCCUAACCAAGUCGUGUGGUGUGGUGUGUCACUCUGCCCUCUGCUGUUCAGGCAGGGUAGUGCAGUGAGCGCAUGGCCGCGUGGUGUUCCACUGGACCACAGACUUUUACGGCGUGUGUGUGUGUGUGUGAAAGCGCGUCCAGGUACUACUGAUGUCUCGCCCACGUCCAGCUGAGAGGACUGAUUAACAAACAAGUGUGCGAUGUGCCCUGAUCACAGAGCUGACCUCCUGACUGACCAGAGUCUUACAAUGUCUUUUGUGUAACGUCGACGUGUGUGUGUGUGUGUGUGUGUGUGUGUGUGUAGCACUGCUCCAUGACCGUUGUCUGUACGGCUUUCGUCGCUGCGUUGUGCUGUGAAAUUGUUGCUGCUUGUAUGUUCUACUGCACCUUAAUACUCCAUCACUGCACUCGCCUCGCUCCAGAACCGUAUCGCCCCUUACUGGGAGAUCUGCAGUUAGCUCUCUUUUAAUACCAGUGUGUCAUUAAACAAGCGAGACCUCAUUUACACACUAAAUGCAUCCUCAUGCUGAGGGUGUGGUUGUUAUAGGAAAGGUUCAGUUUAUUACCCUCAGCUGUACUGUGAGUUUAGAAGCGUAGACGGUCUAGUUAUUAAUAUUUAUCUAAUCUCGCUCCAGACUGGCAGGAAGCCUCCUGAUACCUCACACGUUUUAAGGAUUUGUGAGACACAGUUUGGGGCAGCCUGACCGGAUGACUGAUCACAGGAAACGUCCAAUCACAGCGCAGCGAGCACGCAGGUCUUCUGUAGGACUUCAAACUCCUUAAGUGGUCAUCUUCAGGGAAAUAGGAUAUCACUAACCGCUUUGUGAAGACGAUCCUGGCAUGGCUUUAACACCAUUAGUCUGGUGUGUUAUCAUUUUUAGGGCUUUCUUGGAUCCUGAAUAUCCCGUCCCCAUGAGAUCUGUAGUUUGUUGUGUCUGGUGGGACAGUUUAAAGAAGAAACGCCAAAAACGUAGGCAUUGUAGGUAUGUACACUGGGGCAUUCAGGUCAAACUGGGACUUCUGAUGAAAUUUCUUGUGAAUGAAGGUGUAAGAAGGCUUCAAAGCGCAGUAGGGUGAUGAGACUCUUAGCAGCAGCAAAACGUUUGAAACAUUUGGUACGUCCAUGAUUGACGAUCCCAGGCAGAUAACUUGGCACCAAUUUGCAAAAGAGACGCAGCUGUGUGUGAACUGUGGAAACAGGGACUCAUCUGCCACAUCCCCCAUAUAGUCCUGACCUCGCUCCAAGCCAUUUCAGCAUCUUUUGGUUAUUAAAGGAGUGUCUGAGAGGUCAGCGUUUCAGACGUUAAUCAGGCAGGCAGUCCGAUCACGGCUCCGGCGUACUAAGAAAACAUUCUCCCUUGAUGGUGUUCAAGCACUAGUGAAGUGAAACUCUGUGAUAAGUGCAUUAGUGUAGCUCAGGAUUAUAUAGAGAGAUAAAGAGAGAUUUUACUCUCAUACA